CCGCAACAUGUAUUACAUGAUGCUGUUGAUUAUUCAUGAUCUAAAAUACGAAAGCAGGCCAUCCAUCCAUCUCAACAACAAUCCAUCAAUACAUUCCAGUAAUGAACGGAGCUGGGGCAUUCAAAGGGCGUUUCGCUUAGGACUUUGACUUCUUUCUGUUUGUCCCAUCCACCGACCCGUCUGCUUGCCUUCACAUGUAGAACUGUGCAGAGACGCAGCUAGCUAUCUUGCUUGUUUUGAAAUUAGUUGGCGAGGUAAUUUAGCCGGCGUGGUAACUUAGCCAGCUAGCUAAUAAACACGUUUAGCCAGCUAGCUAAUAAACACGUUUAGCCAGCUAGCUAAUAAACACGUUUACCCAGCUAGCUAAUUAAAGCGAUUAUCUAGGAACUUUGAAACUCCUUAACAAACCAGGUUGUCCUGAGGUUCGCUACUCUGAAGAAGACUGAUCGAAGCUGAGAUGAACCAAUUUGAACAUCUGAAAGAUGACGACCCAGAGGACCAGGAUGAGACGGUCUGUAAUCGGGAGGAAGACGGCUCCAUCAACAACAACAGACGCAAGACGGUGAGUCCUGCAGCAGGGGAACAUCCUCUCCAGUAUAAUUAUACCUUGUGGUAUUCCCGGAGGACUCCGUCCCGACCCGCCAACACACAGAGUUAUGAACAGAACAUCAGACAGAUCGGCACGGUGGCCUCGGUGGAGCAGUUCUGGAAGUUCUACAGUCACCUGGUUCGACCGGGAGAUCUGACUGGCCACUCUGACUUCCACCUGUUUAAAGAGGGAAUCAAACCCAUGUGGGAGGAUGAAGCUAACAAGAACGGGGGGAAGUGGAUCAUCAGGCUGCGAAAAGGUCUGGCCAGCAG